CUGAGAGAUAUCAGAUAUUGAUGUAACUGGAGUGAAUAAGAGAACCUUCUUCCUGAGCACAGACAUUGGAGCCUGUUAUCAGCAUGAACACAUAUGUGUUAGACAAACACAUGCAUAGCUCAUAUCCAUCCCUCACUACAGGAAGCAUCAGAAUGAUACCACAGACUCCAACAUUUUUAGACACUAAUGAAUAUUCACAAACAUUGGGGAAAUCACAGCAGAUAUUUAAAGGAGAUGGUGAAUUGGCAGGAACUGGGCAGCAAUCAUUAUGUACAGAGAGUAAUUUUGUCAUCAAACAAGAGGACAAGAUUUAUGCAUCAACUAGUGAAAUAAUUAUCCCUGAUGAUAAGCCACAUACAUGUAUUGAGUUUUCAAAAAAAAUCAAAGAAGAGAAAAGUCUACCGUCUAGCCAAAUAAUUCAUACAAAGGAGAGACCUUUCAAAUGUACAGAAUGUGAGAAAAGCUUUAGAUAUAAGUCUCGUCUCCUAGAACACCUCAAAAUUCACACAGGUGAGAAGCCACACACAUGUACUGAGUGUGACAAAUGUUUUAUACAAAUGACAAAUCUUAUAGCUCAUAAAAGGACCCACACAGGGGAGAAAUCAUUUAGCUGUACAGAGUGUGGAAAAAGUUUUACACGAAUGGAUUAUCUGAAAACUCAUGAAAGGAUUCACACAGGGGAAAAGCCUUUCACAUGUACAGAGUGUGGAAAAGGUUUUACAGUAAAGCGUAAUCUGACAAAUCAUGAAAAGAGUCACACAGGAGAUAAGCCAUUCACAUGUACAGAGUGUGGAAAAUGUUUUACACAAAAGAGCAAUCUGAAAAAGCAUGAAAGGAUUCACACAGGAGAAAAGCCGUUCACAUGUACAGAGUGUGGGAAAAGUUUUACACAAAUGGAUAAUCUUAAAUCUCAUGAAAGGAUUCACACAGGAGAAAAGCCGUUCACAUGUACAGACUGUGAAAAAAGUUUUACAGAAAUUAAUCAUCUGAAAAGUCAUGAAAGGAUUCACACAGGAGAAAAGCCUUUCACAUGUACAGAGUGUGGAAAAAGUUUUACAGUAAAGAGUGCUCUUGCAAAUCAUGAAAAGAGUCACACAGGAGAAAAGCCAUUCACAUGUACAGAGUGUGGAAAAAAAUGUAAAGUAAGGAGUGAUCUGAAAACUCAUGAAAGGAUUCACACAGGAGAAAAGCCGUUCACUUGUACAGAGUGUGGGAAAAGUUUUACACGAAUGGAUAAUCUGAAAACUCAUGAAAGGAUUCACACAGGAGAAAAGCAUUUCACAUGUACAGAGUGUGGAAAAAGUUUUACAGAAAAGAGUAGUCUGAAAACUCAUGAAAGGAUUCACACAGGAGAAAAGCCUUUCACUUGUACAGAGUGUGGAAAAAGUUUUACAGAAAAGAGUAGUCUGAAAACUCAUGAAAGGAGACACACAGGGGAAAAGCCAUUCACAUGUACAGAGUGUGGAAAAUCUUUUACACAUAAUAGUAAUCUGAGAAAACAUGAAAGGAUUCACAAGGGAAGCAACCUUUCACAUGUUUAGAAAGUGGAAAAAAAGGUUUUUCUUGAAGUAUCACAAAACACCAAAUAUUUACACACAAAUAUACUUUAUAUACACAGUGUAUAAACCUUUUUAUAAUUAUCCUAAAGAGAACAAACUCUCUAAAUAGAAGCAUCAAAAAGGAGUUUCUUGUAAAUAAUACUUUCUACAGUUAUAAAAGCCUCAGAUUGGAAGUGAUCAAAUACAAACACCACACAGGAAUAUACAGAUUUCUCCUCCUACUGACCAGUUUACACAACCAUUCUACACCAAAGCACCACAGGGUUGUUUAUUAAUAUGUCAGUGUUAUGACUUGUACAUUUGAUUUACAUAGGGGAGGAAAUAAUUACAUUUACAGAAUAAAGGAGUCUUUAUAUGAAAAGAGUUUUAGAAACUUAAAUAAACAAGAACAGUCUCAAAUGAUUGACAUCUGGGAGAUAUAUUUAAUGUGCACAUCAUGUGGAUAAACCUUUUCUUAUAGCAAUAGAUGCUUAGCAUAGUACAUGUUAUAUACCAGAGGAAUUACUGAGGGGAAACUGAUUUUAUUUCAUGAGACACAAUAUCAGUAACAUACGUGAUCAUAAUCAGUUUAAUUUAAAUGGCUACUAUAACUAAAGGUGAACAUUAUAUAUCUGAUAAAUCCCUUUGUAUCAAGAGCACAAGUGUUAGGUAUAUUUAUACCAUUGUGUGCAGAUAUCAUGUAAUGCUCCUUUUGACUAUAUAAUGAUGUAAUGGUUUUUCCUGCAAAUAAAAAGUGAUUGUAAUCCA